AUGAGUGGGAAUGAAACAUGCUGGAAAGAUUUUAGACUGCCGAAGGACUUGGUGCCUCAAUCUUAUGAGAUUCUUAUUCAUCCUGACUUUGAACGAUUUGAUUUUCGUGGCUGGUCGUGUGUGGAGGUGGUUGUCAAAACCAGCGUCGACUACAUUGUCAUGCAUACCAAAGAUCUCAAUAUCACCAUAAAUGAUAUACGCUAUACAAUUUAUUCAGAAAAGAUAGAAAUUGAAAAACACGUGAUUGUUGAGGAACGGGAGCAACUGUUCAUUAAACUGUCCUCUCAUCUCCUGAAAAAUUCCCACAUCCUCAUCAACAUAUCCUUCCAUGGGAUACUCAAAAAUAACGGGGAAGGUUUUUUUCUAAACUUUUACAAGACCAAAAAUAAAACAUUCAGAUAUUUAGCUGCAACGCAAAUGCAAGCAACUUACGCCAGAACUGUCUUUCCCUGCUUUGACGAGCCACAGAUGAAAGCAGAGUUCAAGAUGAGCAUCAUCAGACCAAAGCAUUACAUUUCAUUGUUCAACACUGAAAAAAUAUGCGAAAAAGAAGUUUCCUCGAUCGAAACGAUGGACAUCUACCACAGCUCUCCGAAGAUGAGCACCUACCUGGUGGCAGUUGUCGUGUCAGACUAUUCGUCGAAAGCUCAUCUCACUAAGAGCGGGACUGCUGUUGCAAUAUAUGCCCCACCUGAUUCUAUCGACGAUGUCGACUUCGCCCUUGACUGUGCAGUGAAGCUUCUUGACUACUACGAAGUCUAUUUUGGAAUCAAGUAUCCUCUCCCCAAACUUGACAUUGCAGUCAUAAAUGAACUGUCUAUUGGUGCAAUGGAAAACUGGGGUUUAGUGUUAUUUAUACCAAAUUUUCUGUUUUAUAACGCUGAUGACAACACGGAGACUGAUAAGACCAUGGUGGCAAUUGUGUUGGCUCACGAGUUGGCUCAUCAGUGGUUUGGCAACCUGGUAACCAUGGAGUGGUGGGAUGACUUGUGGUUGAAUGAAGGGUUCGCCACAUACGUACAAUAUAUUGGAGCCAAGCACAUUUUUCCGGACCGACCUUUAGAAGAGAAUUUUUCAUCGGAGACAAUGGUGCCUGCCAUGAUAUCAGAUUCGUCAGACACUUCGCAUGCCAUUUCAAUUUCCGUUGAAGACCCCAAAAAAAUUUCUGAAAUAUUUGAUGCCAUAUCAUAUGAUAAAGGUGCCUCAAUCAUUAAAAUGCUGGAAAGUGUGAUCGGACCUGAAAAGUUCAAAAAAGCAAUAAAGAACUAUUUAACCUCACACAAGUUCAAGAAUGCAAAAAGUAGUGAUUUGUGGGAAUCGUUCUCUAAAGAGUAUCGUAGCUUGAAAGUGAAAGAAAUGAUGGACACGUGGACUCUGCAGAUGGGGUUCCCAGUGGUCACAAUACGCAGGAAUGGUCGGGAGUUGUCACUCCACCAAGAGAGAUACCUUGUCAUUGACCACUCGAAGAUCAGCAAUUUUACAGUAGAACCUGCGAAAUUUAAUUACACGUGGAAUAUCCCACUUACAUACUUCACCAAUAGAAAUUUGACGCAUCAUUCCUUUUACCAAUUCAAACAAAAAUCAGCUAAAGUCCCUACACUUCUGCCGCAGAAUGUUACUUGGCUGAAAGCAAAUUCGAAAAUGUCAGGUUUCUACCGGGUGAACUACGACGACAAUGGCUGGCGUGACCUCAUCAAGCAACUCAAGUUGAACCAUUCGGUUUUCACACCUAUAGACAGAGGAAACUUACUGAGUGAUGCAUUCUUUCUAGUCAGGUCGGGCCACGUAAAACUGGAGGUGGCUCUUGAACUUUCUCUGUACAUGGAGAAAGAAGAAAGUAACAACCCAUGGUCGAUGAUGCUAAACAGCGUCAGACCGAUCUACAACCUCCUCUCAUCCAACUUUCAUUACAGCAAAUUUAAGAGGUAUAUGCAAAAAAUAAUGACGCCUAGGCUGAAGAAACUUGGUUUCAACAACGAUGGAAAUGGCAAUUUGAAAGCCACAAAGAUUGGAAUGAUGACCUUUGCACUUGAACUUGGGUUCCAGGAGUACGUGGAUUGGGCCAAGAACUCAUUCAAGAAGAUCGUCAAUGGAACGAAGUUAGCGCAACUAACACCCGACCAAGAGUCCAUGGUAUACAAGUUUGCCGUGAGAUAUGGCGGUGACGAGGAAUGGAACUAUAUCAUGGAUUUGGCCUUGCACCCCAACACGUCGAUAUUCCAGAAAAAUAGUUUGCUGGAAGCGCUUGCCUACACUAACGAUGACCUGAAAUUUAGAAAGUUCUUGCCUUUAAACGAAACGGCGGUGGAGCCAGAAGGAUAUGCAAGCAUUCUUUAUGCUAUCAGAUUUAAUCCAGCUCAUGGUGAGACUCAAUGGAGUUUCCUGAGAGCAAACUGGAAUAAGACAUCUGAAAUUUUCAAGCAUUCAUCUACGAAGCUUAGGGAAUUGUUAUCUGAAUUAACAGCACAACUUUCAACGGAAACACAGUAUGAACAAUUGAAGACCUUCCUGAUGACGAACAGGGCAAACGACAGUGAACGGCUGAACUAUGAACUCUUGGACAAAGUUCGCAUGAACAUUGAUUGGAAGAAGAAAUUUGAAGGAGAACUUGUUCAAUGGCUGGAAAAGCACUUUUAUUCUUCAGCCGAUUGUGACACUUCAGAUGGAUUAAAAGUCAGCACCAACAUUUGA